CUCCACAGACAGCCUGGGCUGGUCACAGUGUCUGGAGCUGAGCAUGGCAGUGACAAACAGACAGGACUAUAAGAGCUCACUGCUGUGGGUCAGAGCUACACAUUACUGACAGACUGCCAACAUGCUGGAGAGACUGGCAUUCCUGCUGCUGCUGGCAGCCUACGCAUAUGGUUGUGGUACUCCCACCUUCGAGCCCAACACCAACAGGAUUGUGAAUGGAGAGGAUGCCCGCGCCCAUAGCUGGCCAUGGCAGAUUUCAAUGCAGGUGAAGCAUGGCAGCCGUUGGCAUCACACCUGUGGGGGCACUCUGAUUGGCUCUCGCUGGGUCCUGACUGCUGGACACUGCGUAUGGCCUGGAGAUGUGUACCGCGUGGUGAUGGGAGAGCAUGACCAGAGUGUGCAGGAGGGAACUGAGCAGAUCAGAGACGUGCUGCGUAUCCUGGUUCAUCCCGACUGGGACAUCAACAUGGUCGCCGCUGGAAAUGAUCUUGCCCUGCUGAAACUGGACAAGGCUCCCAUCAUGAAUGAGAACGUUGGUCUGGCUUGCCUUCCUGAGGCAGGAGAGAUCCCUGCUCAUGGAGACGCAUGCUUCAUCUCUGGCUGGGGAAACCUCUACACCCAUGGUCCCAUGCCUGAUAAGCUGCAGCAAGCUCUUCUGCCAGUGGUGGGGAACAGCGUGUGUAGGCAGAGUGACUGGUGGGGAAUGGUGGUGAAGGACACCAUGAUCUGUGCUGGAGGGGGUGAAGUGUCAGGAUGCAACGGGGACUCUGGAGGUCCUCUGAACUGUAAGGGUGCUGAUGGUAAGUGGUACGUCCAGGGCGUGACCAGCUUUGUGUCCUCUCGUGUCUGCAACGAGGUGAAGAAACCAACCGUCUUCACCCGCAUCUCAGCCUUUACUGACUGGCUCAGCAAUACAAUGCUUUACUAUUAAGGAUCCGACUGUAUCUCGGAGGCUGGCAGAUGCCCAUCUUGUAAUAACGCCGUGAAUACAUUUUGCCCAAUAAAUCAUAUGCCCAUGGUUCUGUA